GUACCCUCACACUCUUAGGCAAAAGAGAGACUGAUCAGAGAGAGGAAAAAUCAAACCAUGACUGUGAAUGACUCGAAGACGCUAUCAUCGCCUGAUAAGAAGCUGUCGGAGGCGGAGAACGGUGGUGGAACUAUGAGUGGGCCCCUAGUAGAGACGAUGACUACAAACACGCCUUUUGGACGGAAAAGCGACUGCAUACAAGUGACGCUGAGGCUGUUGUGCACAGUAAGCUCGGUUAUAGCUCUGUCGUUCAUGGUCACAGCCCAUCAGACCAGCACUUUCUCCAUUUACGGGUUUAAGCUCCCUGUUUCCUCCAAGUGGUCCUUCUCUAACUCCUUCGAGUAUCUGGUUGGUAUGACAGCAGCUGUUGCUGCACACUCCUUAUUGCAACUCCUAAUUGGUGCUUCGAGACUGCUUAAAAAGUUCCCAGUCAUUCCAUCAAGAACUCAUGCUUGGCUUAUUUUUGCAGGGGAUCAGGUGUUUGCUUAUGCAUUGAUUAGUGCUGGGUCUGCUGCAUCUGGAACCACAAACCUCAACCGCACAGGCGUACGACACACAGCGCUACCGAAUUUCUGCAAAUCCUUGCAUAGCUUCUGCUACCAUGUUGGUUUCUCCAUAGCUUUUACUUUCAUUAGCUGCGUCUUGCUUGCUGCAUCUGCUGUUCAACAAGUUAUAUGGCUCUCCAAGUCCAAGUACUGAAAUCAGCUUCUAACGCGCUACAUGUUAUGCCUACUGUAAUGAAUAUGAUGGCUUGUUAGAUAUGUGAUGUUGUUUGUUUUGCAACCUUUUGUUGUAGUUCAGGUUCUCAUUGAGGUCCUUCUGAUGGUAAUUUACCUACUGAUUAUGGUUGAUUAGCGUUGCUCGGAACUCGGAAGUGAUUAGUAUGUUAAUCACUAAUGAACGAUGAUGCCUAUGACUAUGAAUGAUGUGAACUUAAUUUUUCAUAUGGAAUCAGUCCAUGGUAUAUAUUAUAAGGCAAUUUUUGCUUA